AUGGAAGAUGUUGAUUUACAAUCCUUUUUGUUAGUUCAGUCAUUCGAUGAAUCAUAUGCCAACCGAUCUGAAAGCUCCAUAUUAGAAAACACAUGUACAAGCGAAGAAAGCAAUAAUGAAUUACCUGAAAAACCAGUGCAUAAAAAAAAAAAACUAGAUUAUAGAGAAUCUGAUGAUAUUAAAAUUGAGGUUACAUAUGGCAUUUGUCUUGUAUUAAAUGAUUCAGAAAAAAAUUGUAAUACACGAUUGAGGAUAAUAGGUGGAUCAACCUCAAAUUUAAUAUCUCAUUUAACAAACACCCAUGCCUCAAGGCCUGCUCAAACCAAAAUUGAUCUUUUUGCAAGAUCCGGUUCUUAUCCAUAUACUAAAGUGAAGAAUGAUAAGCUGACCAAAGCUCUUGUUAAGUUUAUUAUCCAGGACACACAACCAAUUAGUCUUGCAGUAAGUCCUAACUUCCGUGAGUUCAUAAAGGAAUUAGAUCCAAGGUUCAGUUUACCUGAUGAAAAACGACUAGAUUCUGAUUUCAAAAUCCACGAAGUAUUACUUUCUCUUACAUAUGUCAGAUACCCUCACACUGCCAAUGUUAUCCAAGAAAACUUAGAAGAAGUAAUUGAAAACUGGGGUCUCACCGGAAAGCUUGUUGUUGGAAAGGGUUUGAUGCCUGUUGAACAAAAUGAACAAUUCGAAGAUGCUCAAAAAACACUAAGGAUCUCAGAUAAUGAUGUAAAGGUUAUCAAUAGAAAUAUUUCAGAUUAUAAUAAAACAUUCAACCACUCUCAAACUGUAGUGAUAAUUACUAAAACUUCAACAUACCUUCGUGCAAAAAUAGAUGUGUCCACUUGUUGGAAUUCAUCUUUUCUCGCUUGGGAACGACUUCUACUUAUUAAAGAUGCCAUCGACAUUGUCUUAGCAACAUUAAGCAUUUCAAAUAUUGUUAAUAUUUUGGGUCCCUUUUUUGAAGUUACAGAAUUACUCGGUGGUUCUGAAUAUGUUACAUUUUCCUAUAUGAUCCCCUCUAUUUUAGGAUUGAUGUAUAAGUUGGAUUGCUCUACAGACUAUUUAGAUGAAUCGAAUAACAUAAAUUUUGAAAUGCCUAACCUAGUAUUCGACAAUAAUGUUGGAUUUGUUGAUGCACAGGAAGAGGAAGAAGGUGGUUCUAAAGGAAGAAAAAUUAAAAUCAAUACACCUAUUGAUGUUACUAAUAUACAGCACAAAAUUAAGAAUGCAUUAUAUAAUGCACUCUUACACUAUUGGAAUUUUUCAGAUGAAGAAUUAUUCCUUGCAUACCUUCUGGAUCCAAGGUUUAAAAAAUUAAGAUUUGCAACAUCAACUCAACAACUCCAAGUGAAAGCUGCCCUUCGAGAAAAAUAUAAUAAUAUUAAAUCACUUCAAUCUUUACUAACCCUAACAAACCAGCCUUUAGAUUUUAACGAACAACUUUCAGCUGAAAAUAAUCAGAGGAAACGCCAAAUCUAUCAAAAAACAUUCAUCAAAUCACUUUUUAUACAAAAUACUAUUGAUGAACCAAUUGAUGAAAUUAGUUAUUAUCUUUCUUUACCUGAAAUUUCCUACAAUCAUAAUCCUUUUCACUG